CAGCGCUGAGGGAAAAAGUAGGGAGCUGAGUGUCCGAAUCGCCAACGGAUUCAGGGUACUACAUAGUGCACUACGUAGUCCAGCACUAUGUCGUGAUUGAGGGGUUUGGGCAUAGGGCGUACAUUCGGACACAGCCCAAGCCUUCUAAUAACAUACCUGAGAGAUGCCUCACGGUUCAGAUGAUGCUCGCAAGAGGUUUAUCCUCACCACGGCUGGAAACUUCUACGGGAUAAAACCUUCGUCGUCCCUGACCGACAGUCCAGAGCUCAAUAACUUCUUGGAUGAUGGGAAUGAAUUUGUCCUGUCUUUCAGCAGUCAUGGCAGUGACCUGCACUUGUCAAAUAAGAUUGAAGCUGCGGCCGACAGCAAAGAGAAAGUGUUGGUGUUCUUCAAACUGCAGCCCAUGGUGAUCACGGAAGACAACCUUCAUCAGAGCCUCCUGGUGUCGUCCAUGCUGGAAUCUCCCAUCAACACUCUCUACCAGGCUGUUAAGCAGGUUUUUGCACCUGUACUGCUGAAGGAUGAGCGCUGGCGUUCAACAUUUGACCCAAAGCUGGCGGGCCUUCUGGGUGAGCUGGAGGUCGGGCUGGGCUCAGUGGUUCGUCAGUCUGGAGCGAAGACUUCUGCCAGGAAGGGUCGCAUGGAAGAAGAUGUUCUGGGUAUCUUGACUCCCAGUGAUGAGUUCCAGUACUGGGCUGAUCUCUCUGAGUCUGCCGAGAAAAACGGUGUCAGAGAAAGGGCUUCACAUUUUGCUGAGCUCUUCAAGCCCAUUCAGAAGGAGUAUGGUGGUCUUGACGGUUUGUCCAUGUCGGAUGUCGUGGAUUUGGUGGAGCAAAGCAGAGACUCUCUGGAUGAUGUGUGGCGGCAGACUGAUUAUGAACCUUAUCGUGAGACCCGCAUGGUCCGACUGAUGGAUGUUAUUGGUGGCGCCUUGGGAAGAUAUGUCCAAAGGAAGCUGGGUGAUGUGAACAUUUUUGAGGAGCCAUUUGUGUCAGUGAGAGAGAACCUGAGAAUGGGCAUUUCCAUCUGUGAACAGUGGGUGGUGGCCUGCGAGCAUUUAACCGGGCAGACAUGGAAGAGACAUGCUCCCUGCCCCUGGAAGGGAAACAAGCACUGCCCACAAACCCUGCUUUGCCUUGCAAAACGAUUGAAUGAGGUGGUGACUCUGCGUAUGGUUCACGAGAAGCUGCUGUGUUUGCUUCCUGGAGGGAAGCAGCAGGCUCUGACUUCACAUCGUGUGUUUGAACCAUUCUCUGGCCUCAACCCCCUUCAUUACAACCCGUACACCGAGCCCCUGUGGAGAGCAGCAGUGGCUCAGUUUGAACGCCUCAUGACUCCAUCAGAGCAGGAGGUAGCCGGCAGACUCAAGAGCUACAUUGCUGACGUCCAGGACAACCCACAGCAGCUGUUACAGGUGUUCCAAAAACAUAAGGAGCUGAUCAAACGUCCCACCAUCAACAAAGAGCUGCAGUCUGAGAGAGAAACUCUUCUGGCCAGAUUACUGGACUACAACAAAGGCCUGAAGACUGACUUUGAGAGUCGGUGCCACGGAGGCCCUGGAGAAAAGUCUGGACCGCUCAUCGGACGAAACCUCCCUGAGGUGGUUAACAAAAUAGUUUGGGUGCGACAGCUGCUGCACAAGGUGGAAGACUCAGUCCGCAUAGCCGAGGCUCUGCUCUCAGACCUGUCUGGGUUCAAAGGUUUCCUCCAUUUCUCUGAUGACCUGCUGGAAGCUCUGCGGGCCUAUGAACAGGAACAGUUCGAGGACUGGUCCAGAGACAUCAUGUCUGGACUGGCUGACCCGAAGUCUGGCAUCAGUCUACAGGCCAGUAACCGUGUUAUGGAACUGGACCAUGUGGACGGCAGGCUGAAGAUCCAGUACUCAGACCGGCUGGUCAGUCUGCUCCGAGAAGUCCGGCAGCUCUCUGCCCUGGGCUUUCCCAUCCCAGCGAAGAUACAGCAGGCUUCCAACACUGCAGACAAAUUCUACAGACAAGCGGUUGUCCUCAAACAGGUGGCUCAUUUCUACAACACCAUUGACCAGCAGAUGAUUCCCUCUCAGAGACCAAUGAUGCUUGGCCUUGCGCUGGCAUUUGAACAAGUCAUCAAGAAUCCCCGUCAUUCAAAAGACUCUGCUGGUAAAGUGCAGAUCACCUGGGACAACCCCAAAGAGCUAGAGGUGUACAUCGCCAAGCUGCAGUCUGCGGCUGAGAAACUCUCCACCGAAAACAGGAAGUUGCGAAAGUGGCACACUGAUUUCGUUGAGAAGGUGGUGACACUGAUGAACGUAGACCUGCUCAGACAUCAGCAGCGCUGGAAGGACGGCCUUCAGGAGCUCCGCACUGGCUUUGCCACACUGGAAGCUCAGGGCUUCAGGUCUGAUGACAUGCGAGCGUGGCGGCAGCACUGGAAUCAUCAGCUGUAUAAAGCCCUUGAACACCAGUACCAGACUGGAUUGGAAGCUCUGAAUAAGAACCUGCCCGAAAUACCCAUAGAUCUAACUUUCAAGCAGGGCCGCUUGCAGUUCCGUCCGCCUUUUGAGGAGGUGCGAGCGCGCUAUUUCAGAGAGAUGAAGCGCUUCAUCUCCAUCCCCAACCAGUUCAAAGGGGUCAGUCUCCAGGGGGAGGAGCUAAUCUUCAACAUCAUGAUUGACAGAAACGCCUCUGGGUUUCUCACCAUUUUCAGCAAGGCCGAAGACCUCUUCGAGCGCCUGCAGGCUGUACAACACAAGUUCAAGGAGUGGGUGGUCCUGGGGCAGGUGGAUUUGGAAAACUUAGUGGAGAAGCAUCUGAGUUCCGUACAGGACUGGGAGAGAAAUUUCAAAGCUCUGAAAGCCAAAGGGAAGGAGUCUGAACGGCUACCGAGUCAGGAGAAGGUGGACUGUAUCACAGUCAACUGUGAGCCUGUGAAAGCCGUCAUCGACGACCUGAUCCAAAGGCUGUUUGACAUUUUGCUUCUGUCACUUCGGAAGUCGAUUCAAGCUCACGUGCUGUCAAUAGAGAGUUUUGUGUCCGAAUCAAUGGAUGUUCUGUCCAGUCGGCCCGAGAGCAUGGAGGAGAUUGGUACUGCCAACGGAAAAUAUAACCAGAUACUUACUCGCAAACCUGAAAUCCUGCCUCAGUUUCAGUGUGCUGAGGAGAAGAACCGUCUGCUGCGCGCUGUGGCCGGCGCCGGCGUGGAUUCUCUCUCCUCACUGAGGGCCAAGUGGGACAAGCUGGAGCUGGUCAUGGAGAGUCAUCAACUGAUGAUCAAGGAACAGGUGGAGGUGAUGCGAAGUCACGCCGCAGACCGCAUCAGUGCGUACAGGGCCGAUCUGGAGCGGUUCAAGGCACGCUGGGACCAGCUUAAACCGAAAGACGAGAUGCUGGAGACAGACGACCACGCUGCUCUGCUUGCGUGUCUCCAGACUAUCAGGGACAAACAGCAAGAGUUUCAGGAGCUGGAGCUUGUUCGCACUAAACUGCUAGAGGACUGCUCCUGUUUUGAUCUGGAGGCUCCAGAUUUCUUUCUGGCCGACGAGACAAAAACAGACCUGGAGGAGUUCGGCCAGAUGUGGGGUCUGUAUGAGGAGUGGCAGCAGGGUUUCACCGAGAAGGCUCAGGAGGACUGGAUCACAUUCAGGAGUAAAACAUAUGUCUUUGAAGAGUUUCUGUUCACAUGGCAAGACAAACUGCGAAAACUGGAGCAACCGACGUCCAUGUCUAUUAAGCUACAAGGGGAAGUGGACAAAUACAAGAAUAUGGUUCCACUGCUGAAAUAUGUCCGUGGGGAUCAUCUGUCUCAGGACCACUGGCUGGACAUGUUCCGUCUCCUGGGUCUCCCCAGAGGGACGACCUUAGAGAAACUUACCUUCAGUGACAUUCUUGGUGUAGCAAAUACCAUCAUAGAAAAGGCGCUAGAACUCAAGGACCUGAACAGUCGUGCUCAGGCAGAGGUAACAAUCAGAGAAGCACUUAGAGAGCUGGAUUUGUGGGGAGCUGCAGCUGCCUUCACUCUCACAGAGUACACAGACAGCAGCAAGCGCAUUCUCACACUCAUCAAGGACUGGAAGGACAUAGUCAACCAGGUUGGAGAUAACCGCUGUCUGCUGCAAUCUCUGAAAGACUCUCCUUAUUAUCGCAGCUUCCAGGACAAGGUCAGCCUGUGGGAGGUUCGACUGUCAGAUUUAGAUGAGUACCUGCUCAGUCUGAACGCCAUCCAGAGGCGCUGGGUUUACUUGGAGCCUAUCUUUGGACGAGGAGCAUUGCCUCGAGAGGAGGCCCGCUUCAAACGUGUCGAUGAAGACUUCAGGUCUAUAAUGUCAGACAUCCAGAGGGACAACAGAGUGGUUUCUCUGAGUUUGAGGGCAGGAAUCAGAAGCUCCCUGGUCACCAUACUGGAUCAACUGCAGCGCUGCCAAAAGUCACUGAAUGAAUUCCUGGAGGAGAAGCGCUCUGCCUUCCCGCGGUUCUAUUUUAUUGGAGAUGACGAUCUUUUAGAGAUACUUGGACAAGCAACAAACCCAAAUGUCAUCCAGUCACACCUCAAGAAGCUGUUUGCAGGCAUACACAGUGUUGUGUUUGAUGACCAGGGCCAGAACAUUGUUGCCAUGUGCUCUUUGGAAGGAGAAGUAGUGCCACUCAGAAACCUCGUGCACAUCUCCAGCCUUGUCGAGGCGUGGUUAAAUGAGCUUUCUGUGGAAAUGAAAGAGACUCUGAAGAACUUGUUGUUCAAAUGUCUGUCAGCUGGGAAGAAAGGGGCGCUGGACCCCUCUCGCUAUCCAUCACAGAUUUUAUGUCUUGCUGAGCAGAUCCAGUUCACUGAAGAUGUGGAGAGAGCUUUGAAAGAGCAGAGUUUGCAGCAGCUGGAGCUUGAGCUGAAAGGAAAAUUGGAGCACUACACUGCAGUGGACACCAGCUCCGACGAACAGCCGAACACAGAGUCCAGUAUCCUUCAGCUGAAGCUGAAGGCCUUGAUCCUGGAUAUUAUCCAUAACAUCAGUGUGGUGAAACAGCUCAGCCAGGCAGGAGUGACCAGCACUGACGCCUGGGCCUGGAAGAAGCAGCUUCGCUUCUACAUGGGACCUGAUAAAUGCUGCUACAUACAAAUGGUUGAUGCACAAUUCAGCUAUACAUAUGAAUACCAGGGCAAUGCUGCUAAGCUGGUGCACACUCCUCUGACCGAUAAGUGCUACCUUACCCUGACCCAGGCCAUGAAGAUGGGGCUUGGGGGCAACCCCUAUGGCCCGGCCGGCACAGGCAAAACCGAGUCAGUCAAAGCCUUAGGGGGGCUUUUUGGACGGCAAGUGCUAGUAUUCAACUGUGAUGAGGGAAUUGAUGUGAAGUCAAUGGGACGGAUCUUUGUGGGGCUGGUGAAGUGUGGAGCGUGGGGCUGCUUCGACGAGUUCAACCGGUUGGAGGAAGCUGUGCUGUCUGCGGUGUCCAUGCAGAUCCAGGCAAUUCAAGACUCCCUCAAACACCACAAGAACACAUGUGAGCUGCUGGGCAAGGAGGUGGAAUUAGACCCAAACUCUGGGGUGUUCAUCACGAUGAACCCAGCAGGAAAAGGCUAUGGAGGCAGACAGAAGCUUCCAGACAACCUGAAGCAGCUGUUCAGGCCAGUGGCCAUGAGCAAGCCAGACAACGAACUCAUUGCUGAAGUCAUCCUUUACUCUGAGGGCUUCAAAAAUGGAGAAAUGCUGGGGCGCAAAUUGGUUGCAAUCUUCAACCUGGCCAGGGAGCUGUUGACUCCUCAGCAGCACUAUGACUGGGGUUUGCGUGCUCUGAAGACGGUGCUGAAGGCCUGUGGCAGCCUCCUGCAGCAGCUGAGGAGGAGUCAUGACAAGGAUAAAAUUGAGGAGGCUGGGCUGGUGGUGCAGGCGCUGCGGCUGAACACCAUGUCCAAGCUGACUUUUGCCGAUAGCUCUCGGUUUGAUGCCCUGGUCAAAGACGUCUUCUCGGGGGUUAGUUUCACCGACGUGGAGGAUCAGCUGCUAAUGCAAGCCUUGGAGCAAGUCUACAAGGAGGCACAGCUCGAGCUGAUUCCCAGUCAGCUGAAGAAGGCUUUAGAGCUGAAUGAACAGCUGAGACAACGAAUGGGUGUUGUCAUUGUCGGGCCCAGUGGAGCAGGCAAGUCCACACUGUGGAGGAUGCUCCGGGCGGCUCUCAGCAAGACAGGCAAGGUGGUGAAGCAGUACACAAUGAAUCCGAAAGCCAUGCCCAGACAGCAGCUGCUGGGACACAUCGACAUGGACACCAGAGAGUGGGCUGACGGCGUCCUCACACACAGUGCCAGGAAUGUGGUGAGGGAACCACAAGAGGUGAACUCCUGGAUUGUUUGUGAUGGUGACAUUGACCCAGAGUGGAUUGAGAGUCUGAACUCUGUGCUUGACGAUAACCGACUCUUAACCAUGCCCAGUGGAGAGCGCAUCCAGUUUGGACCCAAUGUUAACUUUCUCUUUGAGACUCAUGACCUGAGCUGCGCCUCACCCGCCACCAUAUCUCGAAUGGGCAUGAUCUUUCUCAGUGAUGAAGACAUUGACGUCGGCGCUUUGGUCAAGUCUUGGUUAAAAUGUCAGCCAGAGGAGUGUCGCAGCAACUUGGAAAACUGGCUGGGUGAUUAUUUGCAACGAUCUCUCGACUGGGUCCACAAACAGAAUGACUUUGUGGUGGAAACUAGUCUGGUGGGAACAGUGUUCAACUGCCUGUCACACCUCAACGCAGUGACAGAGAGAGGUCAGUUCAUCGUUGGCUUUCUCAGAGGGAUGGGAGGAAACCUCAACCUCAAAACACGACAGGAGUUUGCCAAGGAGUUGCUGAGCUGGGCCAGAGAAAGCCCACCAGAUGCCAGAAAGCCGCUGGAUACCUACUACGACUCUGACAGCGGCCAUCUAGCAGCCUACACGUUCCAGCGUCCUGAAAGUCUCACGCUGGAACAGCUGUCCGCUACACACAUGCUGCCUGUUAUCGAGACGCCGGGCAUACAGAGAGGUCUGCACUGUUUCUCCCUGUGGCUCUCGGCUCAGCACAGGCAGCCCUUCAUGGUGGUGGGACCAGAGGGCUGUGGAAAGGGCAUGCUCUUGCGCUACGCCUUCUCUCGGCUCCGUUCUACCCAAGUGGCCGUGGUUCACUGCAGCGCCCAGACCUCGUCCCGCCACGUCCUGCAGAAGCUCGGCCAAACAUGCCUGCUGCUCAGCUCCAACACCGGGAGAGUGUUCAGACCAAAGGACUGUGAGAAUCUGGUCCUUUACCUGAAAGACAUCAACCUCCCCAAACCGGACAAAUGGGGAACCAGCAACCUCAUUGCCUUCCUGCAACAGGUGCUGACAUACAAAGGAUUCUACGAUGAAAACCUGGAGUGGGUGAGUCUGGAGAACAUCCAGGUGGUGGCCUCCAUGUCAACAGGCGGUUCUGUCGGCAGCCAUUCACUCACCUCCCGCUUCACCUCGAUCGUCCGCCUCUGCGCCAUAGACUAUCCUGACAGGGAGCAGCUGCAGACAAUCUACUCAGCUUACCUGCAGCCAGUUCUCCAGCACAGCCUGGGCAGCCAGGCGGCCUGGGCCAGCGCGGGGAAAACACACCAGCUGGCCGGCUCUCUUGUGCAGCUCUAUGAGCAGGUGAAAGCCAAGCUCACUGUGGACGAUCACAGCCACUACCUCUUUACCCCCUCUAUUCUCACAGAGUGGGUACUCAGCUUGCUGCGAUACGACCUGACUGCAGCCCAAUCUAACGUGACAGACAGCGUGCUGGAGGUGGUGGCAUACGAGGCCAGGAGGCUGUUCAGAGACCGGCUAGUUUCCUCCAAAGACCUUCACACCUUCGAUAACAUCCUGUCUUCCAUCAUACGGGGGGACUGGAGCUCCGAUGCCCUGGACAAUAUGACCGAUGGGUUCUAUGUGACUUGGGGCUCCUCUGAAGGGGCCGUCAUGGCUCCAGGUCUGUCUCUGCCUCCUCAUGGGAAACAACUUGGACGGCUGAAUUCUGCUGACCUGAAACAGGUUAUACAAAAGGGAGUAGCGCUGUACAGCCGUGAUAACAAGGAGCUGGAUCUCCUCCUGUUCUGGGAAGUGUGUGACUUUGUGUCCCGGGCGGAUCGAGUCCUGAGCCGACCUGGUGGCUCUCUGCUUCUGGCCGGGCGCAGCGGCGUGGGCCGGCACACGGCCACAUGCCUGGUGUCACACAUGCAUGGAUACACAGUGUUCACGCCCAAAAUCUCCCGCGGUUAUUCUCUUAAACAUUUCAACAAUGACCUCAAGACGGUGAUGCAGCUGGCAGGUCUGGAUGGACAGCAGGUGCUGUUACUCCUGGAAGACUAUCAGUUUGUCCAUCCAGCCUUCCUAGAGAUGGUGAACAGUCUGCUGUCGUCAGGUGAGGUUCCAGGUCUGUAUUCUCCAGAGGAACUGGAACCGCUACUCUCCUCCCUGAAAGAUGCUGCAUCUCAGGAUGGAUUUACUGGACCACUCUACAACUAUUUCUCCUACAGAAUCCAGCAGAAUCUCCACAUUGUUUUGAUCAUGGACUGCUCCAACACCAACUUCACGAUCAACUGUGAGAGCAACCCAGCUUUCUACCGCAAAUGCUCCGUCCAGUGGAUGGAAGGAUGGUCAGAAAGCAGCAUGAAGAAGAUUCCUGAGCUGCUUCUGGCAAAGACAGAACAAGGAGGUGAGGAAAAUGAAAGAGAAAAGGGCUGUGAAAGGACAAGCUCAGGAGACCUGUGCCGCUCGUUCCUGAUGGUCCACGAGUCGUGCAGAGAACACGGCGCUACACCAAGUCAGUACAUGUCCUUUCUUCAUGUUUACACGGCGUUAUACAGUCGGAAGCAGAACCAGCUCACAACCAGACAGCAGCAUCUACAGGCUGGCGUGUCCAAACUGAAUGAAGCUAAAGCAUUAGUUGAUGAUUUGAAGAGGCGGGCGGCGGAGCAGAGCGCACUGCUGAAGACUAAGCAACAGGAGGCAGAUUCUGCCCUGCAGGAAAUCACCACCUCCAUGCAGAAUGCCAGUGACCAGAAGACAGAGAUGGAAAAAAUAAAAGGGAAAAUGGCUCAAGAAGUGUCCAAGAUUGAAGAGAGAAAAGCCAAAAUCGAUGACGAGCUGAAGGAAGUACAGCCUUUAGUGGAUGAAGCAAAGCGUGCAGUUGGAAACAUCAAGCCCGAAGCUCUGUCUGAGAUCCGCUCCCUCCGCAUGCCCCCCGACGUCAUCCGAGACAUCCUGGAGGGGGUGCUGAGGCUGAUGGGCAUCUUCGACACGUCCUGGGUCAGCAUGAAGAGCUUCCUGGCUAAGCGUGGCGUGAGGGAGGAAAUCGCCACAUUUGAAGCCAGAAACAUCGCCCCUGAGAUUCGUGAGAGCGUCGAAGAGCUGCUCAGCAGGAACAAGGCCUCCUUUGACCCCAAGAAUGCGAAGCGAGCGAGUGCUGCAGCUGCUCCUCUGGCCGCCUGGGUCAAAGCCAACGUCCAGUACUCGUUUGUCCUCGAGAGGAUCGAGCCACUGGAAAGAGAGCAAGCCGGGCUCAUGGAAAACCUCAGAAAAACUGAAAAUCGGAAGAAUAAACUGGAAGACCAGCUGAACUCUGUUGGAGCCAAAGUCAACGAGUUGAAAGAGAAGUUUCAGUGUCACACUGCAGAGGCGGCCAAGUUGGAAGCUGAAGUGUCAAAAGCUCAGGACACGAUCACUGCUGCCCAGCAGCUCAUAUCGCAACUGGACGGGGAACACACACGGUGGAAUGCACAGAUGUCGGAGAUAAAGAAUGAGCUUGAUACGCUCCCCGUCAGGGCCUUGCUCGCUGCAGCCUUCAUCACAUAUCUGUCUGCAGCUUCUGAAGAUCGUAGAAGACACUGUCUGAAAGCAUGGAUGGCUCACUCUGGGCUACAGAAGUUUGACCUGCGAUCGUUCCUGUGCUCGGAGAGUGAACAGCUGAUCUGGAAGAGUCAAGGGCUCCCAUCCGAUGAUCUCUCCAUGGAGAACGCUCUGGUUAUACUGCAGAUCAAUGCACUGAAGUUACAGAGUGUCGCUUGUCCGUUCCUGAUCGAUCCAUCAUCCCGAGCCACAGAGUGGUUAUGCACGCAUCUCAAGCAGCACAGACUAGAAGUCAUCAACCAACAGGAUAGUAACUUCAUGACGUCUCUGGAGCUGGCAGUCAGAUUUGGGAAAACCCUCAUAAUCCAGGAGAUGGAUGGAGUUGAACCUGUGCUCUAUCCGCUGCUGAGGAGGGACCUGAUUGCACAGGGUCCUCGAUACGUGGUGCAAAUAGGAGACAAAGUCAUCGAUUACAAUGAGGACUUCCGUCUCUUCCUGGCGACCCGGAAUCCCAGCCCCUUCAUCCCUCCUGACGCCGUUUCAGUGGUCACAGAGGUCAACUUCACCACCACCAGGGCGGGCUUGAGAGGGCAGCUGCUGGCCUUGACCAUCCAGCAGGAAAAGCCAGAACUGGAGACUGAGAAAACAAGGCUUCUUCAACAAGAGGAAGACAAGAAAAUUCAGCUGGCUCAGUUGGAAGAUUCACUGUUGGAGACCCUGGCCACAGCUCAGGGUAAUAUUCUGGAAAACAGUGAGCUGAUAGACAGUCUGAACCAGACCAAAGCGAGCAGCGCUCUCAUCCAGGAGUCCCUCCAGGAAUCACACCGGCUGCAGGCAUCCCUGGAUCAGGAGCGGGAUGCUUACCUGCCUCUUGCCGAGAGCGCCAGCAAGAUGUACUUUGUCAUCACAGACCUGUCGAAAAUCAACAACAUGUACCGUUUCAGCCUUGCCGCCUUCCUGCGCCUCUUCCAGCGAGCUCUGCAGGCCAAGAAGGAAGAAGAAAACACUGAAGCCAGGAUUGCUGCUCUGGAAACCAAAUUGAAGAAUAUGGUGUAUGAGUAUGUCUGCCGGUCCCUUUUCAAGGCUGACCAGCUCAUGUUUGCCAUCCACUUUGUGAAAGGGAUGCACCCUGAACUCUUCCAAGAGAAUGAAUGGGAUGUGUUCACUGGAUCAAUCGUCGGGGAAAUGUUCAAGAAAGAGGAGCUCCCUUCUUGGAUUGACCAGGAGAGACAUGGAGCAGUUGCUGUUUUUAAAUCUACGUUCCCGGCCCUCUACCAGACCCUGUGCUUGAGUGACUCAGACCUUUGGCUGUCCUUCUUGCAGAGCUCACAUUGUGAGCAGGAAAUACCGUCUUCCAUUGCCAAAAAAAUUAGCCCUUUCCAACAGCUUUUGCUGGUGCAGGCACUCAGACCAGACCGACUGCAGAGCGCCAUGACAGCCUUUGCUUCCCAAGCUCUGCGUAUGAAAGAGCUCUCCCCUCCUCCCCUGAAUCUGCGCCGUCUCUACACCGAGACAAUGGAAUGGGAGCCAGUGUUGAUCAUCAUCUCUCCAGGGGCAGACCCCUCUCAGGAGCUUGCAGAACUCGCAGCAGAAACUGUUGGCAGAGACAACUACCAUGAGAUCUCCAUGGGUCAGGGACAAGCUGAUGUGGCCUUAGCCACGCUCAGGGAGUGUUCCCGUAAUGGAGACUGGCUUUGUCUGAAAAACCUUCACCUUGUAACGGCGUGGUUACCCCUCCUGGAGAAAGAACUGAAUGUGCUGCGUCCCAAAGCCGGGUUCCGUCUCUGGCUGACUGCUGAAGUUCACUCCAGGUUUCCUGCAAUACUUCUGCAGUCCAGUCUCAAGAUCACUUACGAGGCUCCUCCAGGACUGAAGAAAAAUUUGCUCAGAACAUAUGAGUCCUGGACUCCGGAGCAGAUCAGUAAAGGUGGUGUUCUGGUGAGAUCGCAGUCUUUGUUUUGCCUGGCGUGGUUCCACGCUGUCUGUCAAGAGAGACGGAACUACAUACCACAGGGCUGGACCAAGUUCUAUGAGUUUUCUUUGUCGGACCUCCGGGCUGGAUUUGAGAUCAUUGAUCGGCUGUUUGAAGGUGGUAAACAGUUCCAGUGGGAGUUUGUCCACGGUCUGCUGGAGAGCGCCAUCUAUGGCGGACGCAUUGACAACCCCUCUGACCUCCGCAUCUUACGCUCCUACCUGGAGCAGUUCUUCUCUGCGCGCCUGCUGUCAUCCUCUCUUUCUGCCGGACAAAAGAGGAGCAGAGGAGGAGGCCGAUUCUUUCCACCUCAGAUCAGCCUCCCAAGCUCGUGCUCCAUAAUGGACUACCGCAGCGUAAUAGAGAAUCUCCCAGAGGAUGACAGGCCUGCAUUCUUUGGUCUUCCUGCCAACAUCGAGAGAUCCUCCCAGAGAAUCAUCAGCUCCCAGGUGAUUUCACAGCUGCGAGUUCUCAGUCGCUCCAUAGCAACUGGUUCGAAGUUCGACAGAGAGCUGUGGUCGAAUGGACUUUCACCGAUCCUCAACCUGUGGAAGAAGCUGAACCAGGGCUCGAACCUGAUCCAUCAGAAGGUGGACCCACCAGCAGAAGGUCAAAGGUCUCCGGUCCUGUCAUUCAUUGCUCUGGAACAGUACAACGCCAUUCGCAUGGUGCAGGGUAUCCACCAAUCCCUCGCUGCACUGAGCAAGGUCAUCAGAGGAACCCAACUUUUAACUCCAGAGGUCCAGAAACUGGCCACAGCAUUACUAAAUCAAGAGUGUCCGUUAACAUGGCAGAAUAAAUGGGAGGGACCAGAGGAGCCGAUGCAGUACCUCCGAGCUGUGGUAACUCGGGCUCUCGCCAUACAGAGCUGGGUGGAGCGAGCAGCCAGACAAGCUCUCCUGUCGGACAUCCUAGAUUUAUCUGAGCUCUUCCACCCUGAUACCUUCCUUAAUGCUUUGAGACAGGAGACGGCCAGGACCAUGGGCUGCUCCAUGGACAGCCUGGUCUUCAUGUCCUCGUGGAAGAGUCCAAUUGCUCAGGCCAAGCUGCAAGUCAAGGUGGGAGGUCUCCAGUUGGAGGGCUGUGGUUUUGACGGCGUGCACCUCCGUGAGAACCAGCACGAUUCAGCCAGUGUGUCUGCCGUCCCGCCGUGUUACAUGGCCUGGGUGACUCAGAACUCGGCCGCUGACUCGGCCCCGGCCCCCGAGGACAGUAUCUGGCUGCCACUUUACACCAGCUCGGAGAGGGUGAAGGUGGUCACACACAUCUCACUGCCCUGCGGAGCAAAUCCCAGCCAGUGGAUCCAGACCGGGGCUGCUCUCUUCCUCAAACAGCAGUGAGCAGCUGUUAGCUUUGUUCCCAGAGCAAACGUCACACACAGAUAAUGUUAUCAUGGGAGAAUUAUUCAGGAAAAGUUUGAAGCGCUCGGAUAUAUCUUUCUGCGAUACGGACACCGUCCAUUGCUCAUGAAUGACUUUAGCUCGCUGGUCGGAAACUUUCAAGUUCAGCGUUUUAAUGGUGUUGUCAUUUACAUAACGGGGGACAGAUGAGAAUGUAAGAAAACUAGAUCGCAGGGACAAAUACUUUGUACUCUCCCUCUUUUUUCAUAACAAGAUUAAUUAUUGCAUUAAAAAAGAGCUUUCUCCCUGAUUUUUUAAAGAUAGCUUGGCAAAAUAGAACAGCAGGACCAUUUUGAAUGAAUUAUAAGCAAAAGAUUAUUUUUGUCUAAAUCUGAGUGAAGCUUGAUUCAGUUUAGCUCACCUGCUGUUAGUCUCAAGAAACAUUACUAUACUCGCUUCAAAUUAGUUCGAUUGGAUACAAACUUUGUUCUAAUGUGAAAUUGUUACAGAUGUCUGAUGUACAGAUAUUCCAUGUGUGUUUUUUAGUAUUUAUUCUCAGUACAAAUAAAUCGUUUAUAUU